UGGUGAAGAGGAAGGUCAGGAGGAUGAAGAGGAAGGUCAGGACGAUGAGAAAGAAGGCGGGGAUGUAAGGAAGGUCAAAGGGAUGGAUUGUUCAUGGAUAUUGGAUGGAGGACUCGGAACUGCACCACCGAUAAUGCGGGGCGCUGGUGAUACUGGGCGAAUAACGCCUGCGAUACCUUUGGUUGUAUUUUUACUUACAUCGUUGUGGUGUCUCUUUCUCUCUCGUGUUUCUUACCUAUCGGUUGUUCCUUCUCGUGCUUGAAGUUGACUGGUUCCUCUCGUGCUCGUUUACUGUUUCCCAUCGUAUUUGUUGACUGUUUCCCCUCGUGUUCGUUUACUCUUUCCCCUCG